AAGUUCAGCUUCAAAAUUUCCUUUAUUUUAGGUACCAGUAUAGCAAUUUCAUAAAUCACAAAUAAAACCUAUAGCCAGCUGAAAUGACUCAACCAAAACAAACACUUUAUCUCAUGCACUUUCACCUUCUCAAAUGCUUUAAUAUCAGUAAACAAUCUGGUCAGUUCAAGUUCAGCGUCUACAUCCUCUUUUCAAGGGUGUAUGAUGGUUUCCUUCUCAUUUUUUUCUGACUGUGGUAGCACUUCCUCUCUGACUCGUAGUUAAGUUUACCAUCUUACCGCAUAUGAGCAAAACAAAGACAGAAUGAGGACGGUGCAACUUUUACUCUUCUGUCUGCUGGUGUGUCAAACUACAGCGAGUUUAACUGAUAAACUUGUGAAUUUAGGGGAAAACGUGACUUUAGACUGUGAGAUUGAUGUAACAGACAUUUAUUGGGUUUUCCAGAAACUGACAGACUCUCCGCUGCUGAUACUGCGAACUUUCACAUCAGAAUAUGCAUCAUCUUAUGUACAAGACCAAAGACUGAAAGACAAAUAUUCAUCACUAACUCAAAGCCGUUUAUAUAUUAUUAAUAUAACUAUUCAUGAAUUAGGAAUAUAUUAUUGUGCAAAACCUGCUACACCAAAACUACAGAUCAGCAAUGGCACCAGACUUUACAUCAAUGAAUCUGCCCAAGAUCAAAAUCAAACAGAAUCUGCCCAAGAUCAAAAUGAACCGAAAGAGAAAUAUCAGAAACAGCCAUGUGAGGAAACAUUGGAGAUGCACAUGAUUUUGUCUGUUACAUCCAUCCUGCUGAAUUUUGUGCUGAUCAUUGCAACAAUAGGUUUGUUAAUGCUCAAACUUAAGAAGCCUAGAAAAAGUCAACAACAAGCCCAGAAUGUGCAACCAGAGCAGAUCGAGGACUUAAACAAUGCACAGUAUUCUGAAAUCAAGUUACCCACAUGUUCCCGAAGAGAAAAUCCCAUUCAGAUAAACGGCACUUAUGCACUUCUUCAGAACCCAAAGCCACGUUCUGGAUCAACACAUGCAGAAAUCAUCACAUCGUGAAACAUGCAAAGUUGAUAAUGAGGUCUGACACCUUCUGUGGGUGUAUCAUUUUCAGUAUGAUUGAGUUUUAUAAAGGUAAAUGUAUUU